AUGGAAACGGAAACCAUCGUCGAAUAUCUCGCGCCACAGGCCAACCAGUCCUCGCUCGUGCCAUCCAAGCGUCGUCUGAGAAUCCUGUGUCUUCAUGGAUACAAACAGAAUGCAACUGUGUUCAAGAGCAAGACUGCCGUGCUCAGGAAGUCAUUGGAUGACAUUGCAGACUUUAUCUACAUUGAUGCGCCACAUAUUGUUGACGAGGCCAAAGGAUCGGCAUCAUGGUGGAGAGCAACAGGUGAUGGAAAGGAGUACAGAGGCUGGGAGACAACACUGGACUACAUUAGGAAUAUCUUUAUCAAGAAGGGACCAUUCGAUGGAAUACUUGGAUUCUCUCAGGGCGCAGUCCUCGGCAGUCUGCUGUGCUCAAUCUCCUCAUUGAACUCUGACACAAGCAUCGAGCGUGGCGAUGGCUACAAAGACAUAUCUUUCAACUUUGCUCUGUUGUUCAGUGGCUUCCAGAGCAGGGCCACCGUUCAUCAAUCACUGUAUCCAUGCUCGUCGCAUACAGAUGGUGCAGAGUCGGCUGCAGCCAGCAACAACAACAACAACAACAAUGAUAACAACAACAACAACAACAACAGCAAUGGUAAUAGAGGCGCAUCGUCCUCCUCACCGGAAGUGAACAAUCACUACCCUUUCGACAAGAUCACCACACCCUCGCUGCACGUCUGGGGCAAGUCCGACGAGCUGGUCGCAGCGUCCAAUUGCGAGUCACUCUCACAUCAAUUCUCUGAGCCCGAGUGCUACGUACAUGAGCACGGUCACCUAAUGCCAACAUCCAAGCUGGACGUUGCACACUACAAGACAUUCCUCCUGAAGUUUUUCGACUACUAUGAGGCCUAG